AUGGAGUAUGUUAAUGGUCAGAAUUAUGACGGCUCAGUGCCAGCCCAAGAAGAAGAAUUCCCAUUCAAGGUCGACAUCGAACCCUUGGACGAUCAACCUGCCACAAAUGAUCCUGGUCUUGUGCUUGGGGGUGGGAGGACCAUCAAACUCAUGCUCGUGCCAGAUACUCCAGCCCCGCCUCCAGCCUCACCUGCGGCCAAGAAACCAAAACCUCACCCUCAAGACAAGAUGAGGAAGUUCUGGAACAAUUUCGAUCCAGAAUAUACAGGUCAGGUCACGCGAAUCUUGCCAGACCGCAUCACCGACAAGGGUCUUUUGGCCACCAAGUUGGAGGGUGAGACUGCUCAUCGCGCUGUCACAUCCUACGAAAAUGCUAGAGAUGCCUGUAUUCGGGACGUCAAGCGCAUUAUCAAGGAGUGUCGUCAAGCCAAUCAGAGAUACACCGACAGUCGUUGGGAUCUUGAACGUGACCUCAAAAUCACACGAAUGAGGGACUGCCUGAACGGUCUUGGUGGUGAUGAUGACGAGGAGAAAGGAUAUCCGGCAGAUGCAAAACGUGUGACUGACAUCUUUGAAAACCCCCAAUUUUAUGUUGGCGGCGUCUCCACCGAUGAUAUUAUGCAGGGUUAUGCAGGAGACUGUUGGUUCCUGGCAGCGCUUUCCGUGUUGGGCUGCGACCAGAAAUUCAUCGAUCGUGUUUGUGUCAUUCAAGACCAAACUGUCGGUGUCUAUGGAUUCGUCUUCCAUCGAGACGGAGAAUGGCACCAGUGUAUCAUUGAUGACAAACUCUACCUGCGGGCCCCAGCCUACGACGAGAGCGGAGAUGUAGUUCUUGGCCAGUAUGGAGUUAGGCGAGUUGAUCAAGAAGGCCAAUAUCAGGAAUUAUUCCAGAGAGGCUCGCAAGCCCUUUAUUUUGCUCAAUGUCGAGACCAGAAUGAGACCUGGGUCAGCCUACUCGAGAAAGCAUACGCUAAAGCUCAUGGUGACUAUGCAGCUAUUUCAGGCGGUCAGACUGGUGAAGCAAUCGAAGAUUUGACCGGUGGAGUCACCACUGAAAUAUAUACCACCAACAUCCUUUCUGCUGACGAGUUCUGGAAGAAUGAACUUUCGAGAAUCGGAAAGGAUUUCUUGUUCUCUUGCGCAGCAGCUAGAUAUCGCGAGUGGAGACCAUAUCUACGAGCCAACGAGCAAGUUCGCGAAGAAAGACGAUCGGGAAUCGUCAGUCAGCAUGCAUACGCCGUUCUUGACACAUAUGAAGGUCACGGGCAACGACUCGUCAAGAUCCGCAACCCCUGGGGCCGUAAAGAGUGGUGUGGUGCUUGGAGUGAUGGAUCAAAAGAAUGGACCUCGGACUGGCUCAGGAUCCUUAAUCAUAAAUUUGGCGACGACGGAAUCUUCUGGAUGACAUACAAAGACAUGCUCAGCAAGUAUAAAUACAUUGACCGCACUCGAAUUUUUGGUCCAGAGUGGCAUGUCGCCCAGCAAUGGAUGACCGUCCAAGUCCCUUGGAGUCCCCUGGAUUAUCAAACCAACCACUUUAGCAUCGAUGUGCCCGAAGACACUGAAGCCGUGAUUGUGCUGUCUCAACUCGACGACCGGUACUUUAAAGGAUUGCAAGGAAAAUACAACUUUACACUACAAUUCCGAGUUCAAAAGGACGAGGACGAGGACGACGAAUACAUUGCACGUAGCAAGCUCAACUAUGAAUUGCAGCGGUCCGUCAACGUGGAAGUCUUCUUGAGCAAAGGUACAUAUACAGUUCUGGUCAAGAUCGAGGCAUCCAACAGCGGACUUGAAGAUGUCGAGACUGUAAUUCGCCAAAACAUUGGAAGACGAGAUAAGAUCACGCAGAUCGGGAAGCUCUACGACCUGGCCCAUCAAAAAGGACAACAUCCUGGCUCUUCCUCGUCUGCAUCUACUAUACAGUCCCUGUCAAGCUCUGGCAUCUCCACCCCCAACACAACAGGUACCAGAACGCCCGGAUCGCAUGUAGAGGUGGCACCCGCCAAUCCAACGCCGGCAGACAACACUGAAGAUGGGGACGAUGAGAAGAAAAAGGACCCCAACCGAAAUCCAUGGAAUGCCAGCUGCAUUGUUGGGCUUCGAGUGUAUAGCAAACAAGCCGAUCUUGGUCUCAAGGUGGUUCUCCCUUCCAAAGAGGAUGAUGGUAUUGUUCCGCCAACUUUGGAUCGCGAUGAUGUGGCCAAAAGUGCCUUGGAUAACGUACAAGCUGCUGCUGAGGAAGUUGUCGAGAAUUCAGGAUCUGCAGCUAAUGCCCCCGACUCCAGUGGCGAGCAACCAACUGAGGGUGAAGCAUCGAAUGGGAGUGAGAGUGAGAUUCAGAAGCCCGCUGCUGCGGCUCCAGAACAAGAGCCAGAACCAGUUCCGGCAACGACAACUGCAAAUACAGCUGAGAACAACAAUGAUACAGCCACAGAUAAGGAGCCGCCAAUCGACGCACCUGUUUCUUGUGAACUCCCCGAGGCAAACACGACCAUUGAACAAAAGGAAGAAAUGAUACCGGAACAGCAUAUACAACCAUCAGCUCCAGCACAGAUAAUGGAUCUACCGUCCGAGCAAGUCACCAACGAGUCCCUCAUGACAGACCAGUCGACAAAUUUGAUCUUGAUCUCGGACGUGGAAACCAAGCCAGACAACAAGCCUUUGACCGAUACAUGAGGACAGCAGGCACCGUAUGAAGCAUGACGACGAUUAGCCAUGAAGGAAGACAUUCUUCUCAAUUACCGGCCAGAUCGAUC